GGGGGGGGCGCCCUCGGAGCCGGGCGGAGGGGAGGGGGGAAAAAGAGGAGCGCAGUGAGUGAGCCGAACGCUCCGGGGGGCGGGGGGGGAGCAGCGUCGCGGCCGCCGCCGCCUCCGCCUCCGCCGCCUGGAAUUAGGGGGUGGGGGACGGACGAGUCCCGAUGCCGGGGGAGACGGAAGAGCCGAGACCCCCGGAGCAGCAGGACCAGGAAGGGGGAGAGGCGGCGGCGGCGGCCAAGGCGGCUCCGGAGGAGCCCCAACAACAGCCCCCUGAGGAGGCGGCGGUGGCGGCGCCUGCGGGGACCACUACCAGCCGCGUGCUGAGGGGGGGUCGGGACCGGGGCCGGGCCGCCGCGGCGGCCGCCGCCGCCGCCGCUGUGUCCCGCCGGAGGAAGGCCGAGUAUCCCCGCCGGCGGAGGAGCAGCCCCAGCGCCAGGCCUCCCGACGCCCCAGGGCAGCAGUCCCAGGCCGCGAAGCCCCCGUCUCCAGCUCAGGGCAAGAAGAGUCCGCGACUCCUAUGCACGGAAAAAGUAUCAACUAGCAAAGAUCCCAAGGAAGAAAAAGAGGAAGACGAUUCUGCCCUUCCUCAGGAAGCUUCCAUUGCUGCAACUCGGCCUAGUCGGGGCUGGCGCAGUAGUAGCAGGACAUCUGUCUCUCGGCAUCGUGACACAGAGAACACCCGAAGCUCUAGGUCCAAGACUGGCUCAUUGCAGCUCAUCUGCAAGUCAGAACCAAAUACAGAUCAGCUUGAUUAUGAUGUUGCAGAAGAACAUCAGUCUCCAGGUGGCAUUAGUGAUGAGGAAGAAGAGGAGGAAGAAGAGAUGCUGAUCAGUGAAGAAGAAAUACCUUUCAAAGAUGAUCCAAGAGAUGAGACCUACAAACCCCACUUAGAAAGGGAAACUCCAAAGCCACGGAGAAAAUCAGGGAAGGUGAAAGAGGAAAAAGAGAAGAAAGAAAUAAAAGUGGAAGUCGAGGUAGAGGUGAAAGAAGAAGAGAAUGAAAUUAGGGAAGAUGAGGAACCUCCUAGGAAGAGAGGAAGAAGACGAAAAGAUGACAAAAGUCCACGAUUACCCAAAAGGAGAAAAAAGCCUCCAAUCCAGUAUGUCCGUUGUGAAAUGGAAGGAUGUGGAACUGUUCUUGCUCACCCUCGCUAUUUGCAGCACCACAUUAAAUAUCAGCAUUUGCUGAAGAAGAAAUACGUAUGUCCCCAUCCCUCCUGUGGGAGACUCUUCAGGCUCCAGAAGCAACUUCUACGACAUGCUAAACAUCACACAGAUCAGAGAGAUUAUAUCUGUGAAUACUGCGCCCGAGCCUUCAAGAGUUCCCACAACCUGGCAGUGCACCGGAUGAUUCACACUGGCGAGAAGCCACUGCAAUGUGAGAUCUGUGGAUUUACUUGUCGGCAGAAGGCAUCCCUUAAUUGGCACAUGAAGAAGCAUGAUGCAGACUCCUUCUACCAGUUUUCUUGCAAUAUCUGUGGCAAAAAAUUUGAGAAGAAGGACAGCGUAGUGGCUCACAAAGCAAAAAGCCACCCUGAGGUGCUGAUUGCCGAAGCUCUGGCUGCCAAUGCAGGCGCCCUCAUCACCAGCACAGAUAUCUUGGGCACUAAUCCCGAGUCCCUGACACAACCUGCAGAUGGUCAGGGUCUUCCUCUUCUUCCUGAGCCCUUGGGAAACUCCACCUCUGGAGAGUGCCUCCUGCUGGAAGCUGAAGGGAUGUCAAAGUCCUACUGUAGUGGGACGGAGCGGGUGAGCCUGAUGGCUGAUGGGAAGCUCUUUGUGGGAAGCGGCAGCAGUGGGGGCACUGAAGGGCUGGUCAUGAACUCGGAUAUACUCGGUGCUACCACAGAGGUUCUGAUUGAAGAUUCAGACUCUACUGGACCUUAGUGGAAGGGAAGACUUUGGGCACUGGGACAGCUAAGACUUUGUAUUUAAAAGUUAAAAAGGACAAAAAAAAUUUAAAGCAUUUAAAAUCUAGUAAAAUAACUGAAGGGCCUGCUCUUUCAAUUGUGGAUCACAGCACACACACACACACACAGACAUACACACCCAUACACACAUCCCCUCUACUCCCUCUAUUGUCCCCUUCAUAAAACUGAUGUUGCCUUUAUCAGAAAGCUAGACGAAGAAGAAGCAACAGCAGCUCUUAAUGUAAGAGUUAUUCUUGUACUCAGUUCCAGCCAGGCAGACUUCUGCUCAUCAACAGAUUCCCUGUUCAACCUCUAACUCUGAUGUGCUCUGGAUCAGCUUCUAACUCUUAAUAGUAUAUUAAUAAUCCUCUAAACCCCUCCUCCUUUACUGCUGCCCUGUGGUUCUGGCUUCUACCCCUGCGGCACAUUUAUCUUCAAAAAGUAUCAUAUAAUUCUAAUCUCUUGAGGCUGGCAGCUUGACUUGGCACUUUAGGGCCCCUUAGAGUGAGCUGUUAAAACAGCACACAUCUCUCCUCCCCUUUUCCUCCAUUCCCCUGGGAUUAGGAAAGGACGGAUACAUGGGGACCUCCCUCCCCCUCUUACCUUCAUCACCUUCCUCAGUCCCCUUCCCAACAGCUCCAUAAGGUUCUCAAUGGUGCUCACUUGCUUGGAAGCAGGCUCCCAACAGGCUGGGGAGCUGCCUUCUACAUGGUCUCUGACCAUAAGACAGCUCUCUGCAUCAGUGAGAUGGUGAGAAAGUCCCAGACUAAUGGCAGAAAUUUGCACUUUGAACAUGUAUGUUUUUGUGUUGUGGAACCUGAGAGUCCUUAUUUAUUAAUGGAAAGUCUGAUUUUUUUUUUUUUUUUUUGGUCUUUGUUGCUAUAUUUGGGGGGCUGGGAGAGAUUAGAUUAUUCUGACACGGGGUCCUUUGCAUAAGAGGUACUUAAUAGAAGGCAAGAUAUAAAGUUGAAGAAGCUCAGCCAGCCUCUAAAAUCAUAGCUCUCCAGUGGCCUUUGAAGAACGCUGGUCCUCAGCACUAACAAAAUCACUACAGUAGCCGAGUGCUUUUUCAGAAACCUCUUUAGGGAAGAAUGUUAGGUUUGUGGUAAUUAGUGCUCUUUGAGUUUUUAGAGCAUUGGGAUUUAGGAAUUUUGAGGGAAUCAGGAAGGUUGUUCAGGGUCUGAAUUACAGAUAAAAGAUUUUCUCUUGUGAAUUCAUUUUCUUUUUUGUCCCCAGCAUUACUUUAUACAUAGAUUCCCUAUUAGCCCAGCUCUGGCCCCUUGCUCUGCUUUUGCUUUUGCUUUGCUUUUUAUCAUUGGUUCAUUCCAGCUUCCGAUUAGUGAAGGACACUGCCAUCAGUGAAGGAAUAGUCUGAGUCAUACAGUUUUAAGUCAAAGAAGAUUGCUGUUUUGUUUCCCUUUUAAUAAUACUUCAGAAGAAGAAAGAUUUCAACAAAGUGAAUAAUCUGUAUAAUACUUUGGCUUUCCCUGAAAUUCUGGGAAUUAGCUCUUCCUGAGAUAGGAAUUUUCAUUCGGUGGAUGACUUAACUACUGUCCAUGGGAAAGACGGUAUUUUUGUACAGCUUAACUCCCAGAAAACUAAAAAAAAUUGUUUUGGCUCAUUUUUAGAGAAUUAGAAGUGCAGUUUCUAUCCUAUGUACUCAGAAGCUAGAAUUAAAGACUUGCCCUAUUCAUUGUUUGUCAGAAAUGUAUGAUGGCUGUUGGAAAGAAUGAAGUUUUGUUGAGAACAAAAUAAGGAAGAGCUUGUUUUUUCACAAACACUAAAACUACAAAGUUUAUCAAUUUUCUCUUUGAUUUUUUUUUUUCCCCCCACAGAAGAAGGGUAGCAAAAUGUCAUCUCUGAAAGAGGCUCACUUUACACCCACUAAUGUCAGUGACUGGGAUGCCAGAGAAUAGGGGGGGGAAACACCUACAGUGAACAGUCUUAAAUGCACUAUUGUUUCUUUUCAGUGUUGCAGAUUUUUCCAUCCUUCCAGGGUGGGGGUAGAAAAUGGAAUAAAGAUAGAAGGGAUAUAGACUAUGCUUUCCUGCCCAUAGUAAGGAUUUGAAGUUGACUUUGGUAUGUUGAGUAGAUUUGAAAAUAUUUUCAGAUUGAUUGGAUGGGUGUGUAGCAGAGCUGUUCCACUCCCGUAGCUGGAUGUCCUUUUUGUACUGUUUCACCAGCUAGCAUCUAUAUCCUACACUUACUUACCUCAUGACCUGCCGCAUUUAUCUUGUCCUUUGUCUCCAUAAAUUACACUCGCAGUGAUUAGUCAUCAGGUAUUUUAGCCACCUACACAAAAGCAAACUGCAUAUAAAAAAAAAAGAAAGAAAACUUCACGAGAUUGAGGAACAACAGUGUGUUCUUCCCUCUGUUGCAUUCCUCCCACCAAGAGCAACUGUUUAGUUCUAAAAAUUGGAAACUUUCUCUUUUUUAGUCCUCUUCACAGCUGUGGUUUGCUUGCAGUUUGCUUCAGUAAAUUAUUGUAGCAGUUUGCAAUAAAUUUUAAGGUAUUUUUCAUGGAUUUGGUUUCCCUUUGAGAAAGGGAUGCUAGCAAAGUAGACUUGCUUUAAGUAAACCGCCUCUACUAGAUUCUCAUCCUCGCUUUUCCUUUCUGCUUCUCAUGCUGUUUACUUCAUUGUCUUUCUUAAGGAACUCUUUUAAUCUUAAAAUCCUGCAUUUCCUACUCUUAGUCAAAUUCUAUUGCCUUUUUAAUAACUCUUCCCACUGCAUAUUCUCCAUCUUGAAUUGGCAAUUCUAAAUUCUGAAAAAUAUACUUGAUAGAGCACAUUCUGCAAGAUGUGCUUCCCUCCUUGUUUGUUGUUCCCCAGGGUUAUUUUGCAUAAUUGAGACUUAAUAUACUUCAAAGUUUAGAUAAACACUGGCAAGGAUUACUGGGAGUCAAAAGAUAGAUACAGUAAUGUACGGAAAAGCAUCCACAUAGAGCACUUGAACCUCCUUCGUACAUGUUUGGAGAAAGAAAUAUAAAGAGUGUACUAAACCUAACUAAGGUUAUUAGAGUCUGGCUGUUUGAAGUACCAUUUUUCCCUCCUGUCGUUUUCCCACUUUCUUCCAGUGUACUCAAGAAAAUUGAAAAAUUGUAAUGAAUCAAUUUAAAAUAUUUUAUUUCCUAAAAACCUUUUUUGCCUGUCAUAAUAUGCAGGACCCUUCUCCUUUAACGGGAGAGACAGGUAGUUACCUGAAUCUAGGUUGAAAAGGUUAUGUAAAAAGAAAUUAUAAUAAAAGGGAUACUCUGCUUUUCAAA